CUCAUUUCUCAAACUUCUGCUCUGACUCUCUAUAAGUCUCUCCUUCCCUCCCUCUUUCUCUCUCUUCUCUGUUCCCUUCCUUCUCACAUACGGAGCUGGCUCGUUCCUUGAGGAAGAAGGAGAAGAAGAAUCAGCUAAAACUGAGCGGAAAACCGGAAAGAAGUAGGGCACAGUUUUCCCCGGCAAGGAAAUGGGUAAGUACAUGAAGAAAACCAAAUCCCCAAUGGCUAUGGAGCUCUCUUACUCCUCCUCUGCCACCUCCACCGUCCGCACCCGUGCUAAAACCCUAGCCCUUCAGAGGCUUCAACAGUCUCUGUCCCCGCCCAAGACCAUUCCCGAGGUCGAUGAUUCGUCCUUCUCCUACCUCCAGCUCCGUAGCCGCCGCCUCGAGAAACCUCCUUUAUACUCCCGGAAGGACCCAGAUGAAAUUAGUGUUCCCAGAGAGGGUUUGAGGUGUAAAACCCAACCCUCUAAAGUACGAGUGAGCUCGGAGGCCAAGUCAACCGGCGGGAAGGUUGUCAGGGUGAUGGAAGGGGAGUUAUUUGGUUCUGGUGCGCCUGAGGAUUUUGGGAUUGAGGGCACUUUUGGAGAGAACUGCUCGGAGUUCGAAGCUAGCAUGAGCACCAGGGAAAGCACACCUUGUAGCUUGAUAAGACCUUCUGAUAGCGUGGGAACCCCUGGUUCAACAACAAGGCAGGGAGCUUCCAUGGGUACUAGCAGUAGAGUUGGUAAUGACACUCUGAGGAACUUCCCUACUGUGCAAGAAAUGGAUGACUUCUUUGCCGGUCAAGAAGAGCUGCAGCAGAGACUAUUCACUGACAAGUACAACUUUGAUGUGGUGAAUGAUAUACCCCUCCCAGGGCGAUAUGAAUGGGUUCAGGUUAUUCGCUGACUUAGUGGUUUAUCAUUAGGAGGGGCAUUUAUCAACUCCUCCAAACUUCUUGGUGGCUGUGUUUUAUGUAGCAGCAGGUGUGGUGUUUUAACUAAGUUAGGUUCUGGAAAAAAUCUAUUAUGUCGCCCUUCAAUGCUCAUGUAAAGGGAAAUAGAGCAGUGGAAGGAUGUCUAAUUCAAAGAAGUGCAGCCUAACAGAGAUGACGUUGAUGAAUAACAUACUGAAAAGGGAGAUGGGCGUUGAAGGAAAGUCUUGAGGAAUGGUCGGAGAGGAGAACGAGGAAGAUAGUUAGUGUAUCAGACGUGUUUAGAACUCUAACUUUGUAACUUGGUAGGAAACUAUUAUUAUGUAAUGGCUAGGGAUUCUCUCCUUUUGGUUAAUGAAAAGCCAGGAUUGCUUACUGCUGUCUUGCUUCCUAAUAAGUUCAGCUGGUAGUCCAUAUGUGGGAAGAACCAUUAUUGAUCUUAUGGAUGAGAAUGACUGCCCAUUUAUCUGUUAUGUUCAGACAGGUUUGUCUCUUCAUAACAUACAUUUCCUUUGCCACGGAAAGAUAGGUAUUUGUCAUAAAAUUCAUUUAUAAGCAGGAGUAAACUACAACGGGAGGAGGGGCAUCUCUUAAUCCAGUUUUUCCAAUUGCGAUGGUGUUGUGAGACUUGCAAAUCUAAGGAAAGACUGUUCUACUGACCUACUUGUGUUGGCCGCAUGCUGCAUCGUUGCUCAUAAUUAGAGGGGACAGCUAGUCUAUUUUUGUGGAGGACAAAUCUGUGUCCGGUUGUCUAGUUUUUUACUUGGCGGAUUUCAUUCGGUCUCUGUAAUGCACCGGUGACCUGGCCGGUUGUUUAGUUUUUUUUUUUUUUUUUGAGGACAGUCAACUACGUGAACUGCUCCGCAAGCUAUACCUCUUGUGAUACUUGUUCCUCUAACAAAGACAAUGUUCGAGGAAAUCAUUAGUACCCGCAUUUGUGAUGGCGAGUGCGGUCUCAUAAUUAGCAAUCACAUCACAGUAAUCAACAUUAUCAUGGAGCUAGGGGUGCUUCAUAUUAUCAAAAACAGAAAUGGUGAUUUGUUCACUCUCAGCCCUCAAAAUCAGUUCACCAUCAUUUACAUCAAUGAGUGCCUUGGCGGUGGCAAGAAAAGGUACACAAAAUCAAAGUCACGUCCACAUACUCAUUUAUAUCAAGAAUCACAAAGUCAGCAGGAUAUGUAAAUGACCCUACAGUAACUAUCAAAUCCCCUGCAAUGCCCCUAGGAUACACAAUGGAUAGAUCUGCUAAUUGUAUGCUCAUUCCUUAGUAAAUAGGUUGAGAGGGUCACCUUAGUGGCUUGGAUCGUUUCCCAUUUCCUCAACCUAGAGACUAAGAGGGUAGCUUUGGCUACAUGUUAGACUUCCCUGCGGUUUACAACCCACUCACCACACACGACCAUUCGAUCCAUCAAGUCGUAAUUGCUAGCUAGGGGGAGCAACACCCUGGUGAACUCUUCUCUCAUUGGGACAACCUCAAAUUACUUUACUUGCUUGUUUCAUUUGUAGGUUUCUAUGUUUUAAACACAAAAACGUUUGCUAGAUAACAACCUAAGCGAUUGAAGUAGGGGUACAUGGACCGACCCGGGUUUGACAAUUAAAUACUUGCCCUAUACUGCACUCGGCUAGAGUUUAAAAACUUGGACUCUAGUCGGGAUUAAUUCGAGGUGUAGUUUCAUGCGAGUCAUGUUUUUUGCGCCAUUUCCGGGGAAACGCGGUUCAUUAUUUUGAAAAGGUCGCUUAAUGUUACUCUAGCAUUUCUUAUCUUGCCUUUUUGUUUUUGUCUUGUGUUUCGUUUGUGUUUUGUUCACCACUCUUCGUCUUGAUUGAAAGGUGGUUUGUGUGUGUUUGAUUUUCCUUUUUAGUGUUUUGUGUUUGUAUGUAUUGGAUCAUGGAUCCUUAUGAUUUUGCCCACGUGUGGGGGUAUCCACCAACACCCGAGAGUGGUUACCUAAGAAAUUCAUGGGACGAUC